AUGUCGAUUUACAUCCGUCGCGAGUCUUCCAAGCUAUGGAAAAGAUUUUGUGCAGAAGUUUCAACAGAAAUCAACCUUCUUGCUGAGAAUUGGAUAUAUAUUCUUUCUGGUUUAAUUUUUCAGUACAUUCAUGGUUUGGCUGCUAGAGGUGUGCAUUAUCUGCACCGUCCUGGGCCGGUACUUCAAGAUGUCGGCUUUUACCUUCUCCCAGAACUUGGACAAGAUAGAGCUUACAUCAGUGAAACUGUAUUUACAUUCAUUUUUGUAUCUUUUGUCCUGUGGACUUUCCAUCCUUUCAUAUUCAAGAGCAAAAAGAUCUACACAGUUUUAGUGUGGUGCAGGGUCCUGGCAUUUCUCGUCGCUUGUCAAUUUCUUCGAAUCCUCACUUUUUAUUCCACUCAGCUUCCCGGUCCAAACUAUCAUUGUCGCGAGGGUUCAAAGCUUGCCCGGCUUCCCCCUCCUAAAAAUGCUUAUGAAGUUUUAUUAAUUAACUUUCCUCGAGGAGUGCUUUACGGCUGUGGGGAUUUGAUAUUUUCGUCUCACAUGAUCUUCUCUCUUGUCUUUGUGCGGACAUAUCAUAAAUAUGGCACGCGGAGGUUUGUAAAACAACUUGCGUGGCUAACAGUUGUUAUUCAGAGUUUGUUGAUAGUGGCUUCCCGCAAACAUUAUUCUGUUGAUGUUGUUGUGGCAUGGUAUACUGUUAAUUUAGUGGUUUUCUUUCUUGACAAAAAGUUACCAGAAUUGCCUGAUCGUAGUGGAGCAACUUUGUUGUUACCAAUAAACAAGGAUGUGAGCAAGCCUAAAGAGGAGAACCUUAAGCUUCUUAAUGGGAACUCGGAUCCUGCUGACUGGAGACCUAGGAUCCAAGUCAAUGGUAAGAUAACAGAGGAUGGUACCACGGUGCAUGUUGAAGCCGUGAUGAAUGGUGUAUAG